ACCAGCGACGCGAGUAAAGUCGCUCGCCCCCCUCCCCAACCGCCGCUCCCCUCCCCCGUCCCACCAGCAGCGCGGCCCGUGCUCUCCCCUCCGAUCCGAUUCACCUCGCCUCGCUGCGGUUUACCUCUCACUUUCUCCCACCUUCCUCGCCCACCGCACCGCAUCGCCUCCUCCUUAAGCAAGCCACCGACGGCGGCCGCGGAGCAGGGGACCCGGACCGCCACCACCACCUAGCAGCAGCCCACCCACUGAGGCACCCGGCAGGCAGGCAAUGUCCCUCCUCUCCUCGGCGAGGCCGGCGGCGGCGGCGGCCGGCGGGGAUGCGUGAGAUCGCGGCCCGGGCGCAUGGGGAAGGAGGCCGGGGACCAGCGCCAGCGCCCGCCCGACGGGGGCGCCGGCGGAGGCGGCGCCGAAGGUAGCAGGCGAUGCGGGUACGGAGGGGCGGUGCGCCUGCAAUGCGUGGCGGCGCUCGUGCUGGGCGCGGCCGUGCUGCUGUCCGCGCUCUUCUGGCUGCCGCCCUUCGCGGGCCGCGCCGGGAGGGGCCCGCCCGCCGCGACGGAUCCCUUCGCCAUCACAGAUGAUAUAGUGGCAAGUUUUAGGCUGCAGAAGAAUGUUUCCGAGCUCAGGGGAAACAUGUCCAAGCUCGUAUUGGACAUCUAUGCGGAAGUCGGCGUCCCUAACUCCAUUGUGGCUGUGGAUUUACUACACCCAUUAGCUGGAUCGAACUGGACAAAUGUCAUCUUCAGCAUUGUGCCUUAUCCAAAGAACUUGACUAUAUCAUCAAUGGGGUUGAGCAUUAUUAGGUCAUCUUUUAUGUCCUUGGUUGUGCGGCAGUCAACACUCCACUUGACCAAGUCCCUGUUUGGGAAUUCAUCAUCCUUUGAAGUGCUUAAAUUCCCUGGAGGAAUAACAAUAAUUCCUCCGCAGCACGCCUUUCCUCCUGAAACACUCCAUGCAACUUUUAAUUUUACUCUGAAUUUCCCAAUCUACAAAGUGCAAGACAGAACUGAUGAAUUAAAGGAUCAAAUGAAGAAAGGGCUACUACUCAAUUCUAAUGAGAAUCUUUAUUUCAAAUUGGGAAAUUUGCAAGGAUCAACAAUUCUUCCUCCAACUAUUGUUGAGACCUACAUUGUUCGUGUUGUUGGGAAUCACCAGCCAUCUGUACCAAGGAUGAAGCAGUUGGCCCAAACAAUUACUAAUUCAUCUAAAGGGAACCUUGGUCUGAACCACACCGUAUUUGGCAGAGUAAAGCAGAUAAGCCUUUCCUCCUAUCUUAAUCGUUCUUUACAUAGCAGGGGCAGUUCUGAUGCACCUAGUCAAGCACCAAUGCAACAUCAUGGUCAUCACGGCCAUCAUCACCAUCACCAUGGUCAUGAAAGCAACAGGCAUUUGGCUCCUGCUCCUAUCCCGAUACAUACACCCAGAUAUGUUGCUCCACCUCCAUCUGGGUGUCCAUACAAGGCAAAGAACAGGGUUCCUGUGACGCCAGCUGCCGAGCCAGUAGCCAAUGAUCACCGUUCUACUCAUCCUGCUGCUUCACCACCUCAUCCAUUAUCACCUUCUUCUGUUCAUCAUCCUCCACGUGAUCCUAAUAUGCACAGUAGAUCUCCCGUUCCGUCCCCUCCAGUUCUUCCCGAGCCGCCUUUGCCCACUGUUUCUUUUAGUCAUGCACACCCUCCAAGUGAGCGUGCAACAGGAGCCGGUCCUUCUGCUGGAAUGUCUUUGGCCCCUGCACCGCAUUCAUCUAAUGCUAGCCGGAGGCUCUCCUGUCAAUGGGUCCUGGUACCCCUCAUAUAUACCCUGCUUUGGAGCCUACUAUGACAGAAGAGAACCCGCGGCUAACCAGACGAUUCAAAAUAGAGAUUUUCCAAGAUAGAGGACAAGGCGCCUCUCGGUUUUCUUCUUUUCCGGUUUACUACAGCCGGCCGGGCGGGUGGUGAAGCACAAGGCAGCACCCCCCUUGCCUCAAACACGCUGUCGUUUGUUAUACUUGUUAGUGGGAUGUAAAUAUGGAUGGGUAUAAGGCAAGUAAGCAAGGCAAAGAAUGGGCAAGCAGCUGUGCUUGUAGUGGUCAAAGCCACAGCGGUGGCAGGCCCUUCUCUAGCACAUGCAUAUGCUUGGCCGGGUUUGCCAUGUACUGCUGCUGUUCAGAAGAGGAUUGUUCAAAUGCAAAAGCUUUCUUUUUACAUGA